CAUUGAAAGCACCAGAUGUUCAAGUUCAAAACUGAAAGUCGAAAACGAGAAGAAGAGGCCCUGGAAAGUUAAUGGCGUUUCAGAGGACCGUUUACUAACAGAACCCCGGCAGCAGCUAAAUGUCAGCAACCGGGUAUUCAAACCGCUAGUUGCGAAAAUGUUUGAGCUAGGCUGAAAGAUGCCAUCCACGGGUCAGAGUAAUCCGAGUCUGUGGACGCCGCUCCCUCAGAGUAGCCUGUGUCCGUGUGCCCGCUACAAACAUGCCUGCUGCAGCUCCAAUGGGAACGUCUACGUCCUGGGAGGAAGGGACAGCAGCUGCCUGGGAGACUUCUGGAAGUACAGUGUUGUGUUGGACGAAUGGACCAAGCUGAACUGCACAGGUGAUGCUGCACCAGAGGAGUUGGAGCAGCAUUCUAUGGUGACUCAUAAGGGUUUCCUGUAUGUGUUUGGAGGCAUGUGGGAUUCUGCUUACACCGGGGGGAGAUGCCCCCUCUGGGUGUUUGACAUCGCGAAUCAGAAGUGGGUGCCCUGUCAGGGAAAGACCAGUUCCCCUCAGACCCAAAGGCCGAGCAACCGGAAAGGACACAGCGCCGUGGUGCUGGGAUCUGCCAUGCUCGUCUACGGAGGUUUCAUGGACAUUAAAGGAUCCUUGCAGGAGUUUUGGAGUUUAGAUUUCAAUACCAUGGCUUGGUCUCCUCUGAGCGGUUCUGAGCGGGGAUCAUCAGUUCCUGGACCCAGACACAACCACUCCGCCGUGGCCUACCAGAACUGCAUGUUCCUGUUUGGAGGGCUGAAAGGUCUGCGGGAGCAAAAGGACUUCUGGAAGUGGAAUUCCACCAACCAUACGUGGACCUGCCUCAAGCUGGGCCCUCCUCGGCUCAUAGGCCACGCUGCUGUGACCUACAGGGACAGUAUGCUCCUUUUUGGGGGCGGUGAGAGCCAGAACUCUCCAAACAACAGCCUAUGGAGGUACAGCUUCUCCUCUCAGAGCUGGAGCCAGGUGGCGUCACUCCCAGGCUCCGACGCUCCAGACAGGAUUCACCACUGCUGCGUUGGACUCGGUCGCAGCUACGAGCCCGACGCCAGCAGCUUCAGCUCGGAUGCUAAACCCAAGCAUUUUAAAAACAAGUGCUUCCCUGCUUCCCACUCAGACAUAGAAAUGAAGACAUUCAGCAAAAGUCUGUCUUCUUCAGAGCUGGACACCCGCAGUGAGCCCGGGAACGAUCCUCAGCUGAUGGAGAAAUCUUUGAUGUUUGAGAAGAAAGCUUUCAGGAAGCAGUGGAGCUGCUCUGAAGAGCUGCUGCUCAACCAGGGAGACGGUGACAUCUUAAAGAAUCUGCCUGACACGCUGCUGGUGCUGGGAGGAAGACCUUACAGCAGACAGAGUCCCAUCUCCAUCUGGAGUAUGACCCUGACUGACUCCUAACCAGGAGACAUGAAACGUUUUCUUAAAAGAACCAGUGUUAAAACCUCCCCUCUGUUCACAACUGUUACUUGUACAUAAGUGAGUAUAUAAAAGUGUUUUAUAUCAUC